ACGUCACUUGAAGCGCCCUGGCUGGUAGCUCUGGCAAAGAGAGGAAGAAAACGACAGAAGUACUCUAAAACAGGGCUUUCCCCGCGGUUAUCAGCUCUCAAAGUGAUAACGGUCCGUCUACAACAAUAGAAACAGGCACAGCCAUCUCGCCAAACCGGACUAACCUCUUGUGGAAGAAGGAAUAUAACAUGACCAGAUUAAACGGAUAAACCACAGCCAGUUUUCAACAUCCAGAAUCAUAUGGUGAAAAUGAAACAUCUGCAUCUUUGAAUGCAUAAAUAAGAUAAAAGUAGAUCACAGAGCCUUCAAGGUUUACAGAAAUCAGUCCAUAUCAUCCUUUUCUCUUCACUCUUGUCUGGUCAAAACCACCAUGUACGGUAGUGCCCGAUCCGUGGGCAAAGUGGAAGGCAACCACAGCGGCGGGAGCAAUCAGAGUCCCGGACGCUCGCCUCGUCUCCCUCGCUCGCCCCGCUUAGGCCACCGCCGCACUAACAGCACAGGGGGCAGCGGAGCUGGAGCGGGAGGUCCAGGUGGUAAAACCCUUUCAAUGGAGAACAUCCAGUCUCUCAAUGCUGCCUACGCCACAUCCGGCCCCAUGUACCUGAGCGACAACGAGGUGGUGGCCUCCGGCCCGGACCUGCCGAAGAGCACCAUGACUCUGGGUCGCUCCGGAGGCCGGGUGCCUUACGGCGUUCGCACGACCGUCAUGGGAUCCAGCCCGAACAUCUCCACCGGGGCCCCCGGCUCUGUUCCCACCGAUGCCAUCGCUUUCGGAGACCACCAUAUGCCUUCCACCCUUGCGUCCACUGUGCCUCAUUCGCUGCGCCAAGCGCGGGACAACACCAUCAUGGACCUGCAGGCCCAGCUCAAGGAGGUGCUCAGGGAGAACGAGCUCCUGCGGAAGGAGGUGGAUGUGAAGGAGAGCAAACUUAGCUCUUCCAUGAACUCCAUUAAGACCUUCUGGAGCCCCGAGCUGAAAAAGGAGCGCGCCCUGCGCAAGGAUGAGGCGUCGAAGAUUGCCGUGUGGAAGGAGCAGUACAGAGUCGUCCAGGACGAGAACCAGCAUCUCCAGAUGACCAUCCAGGCCCUCCAGGAUGAGCUGCGGAUCCAGAGAGAUCUGAACCAGCUGUUCCAGCAGGACUCCAGCGUUCGUCCCGGCGAGCCCCUGACCGCUGAACUGACCGAGGAGAACUUCCAGCGCCUGCACGGUGAGCAUGAGCGGCAGGCCAAGGAACUUUUCCUCCUGAGAAAAACUCUGGAGGAGAUGGAGCUGCGCAUCGACACUCAGAAACAGACGCUGUGUGCUCGAGACGAGUCCAUCAAGAAGCUCCUGGAGAUGUUGCAGAGCAAAGGGCUGUCGGCCAAGGCCAGCGAGGAGGAUCAUGAGAGGACGCGGAGACUGGCCGAUGCCGAGAUGCAUAUCCAUCACCUGGAAAGCCUUUUGGAGCAGAGAGAGAAGGAAAUGGUCUUGCUGAGGGAGGAUCUUCACAGACGAUUUGAGGGAGCUCCAGAAUCUGCCAAAACCAAGGCCUUGCAGACUGUCAUCGAAAUGAAGGACUCUAAGAUCAGUUCUCUGGAGCGCGGCCUGAGGGACCUGGAGGACGAGAUACAGAUGCUCAAGUCAAACGGGGCUCUCAGCACGGAGGAGAGAGAGGAAGAGAUGAAACAGAUGGAGGUCUACCGCAGUCACUCCAAGUUCAUGAAAAACAAGGUAGAGCAACUGAAGGACGAACUGGCGCAGAGUGAAGCGCAGGGCGAGGAGCUGAAAAAGCGGGCGGCUGAGCUGCAGCAAGAGGUCUCUGCAAUUGACCAGGUGAAGCAGGAUCUCUCCAGGAAGGACACUGAGCUCUUGGGCCUGCAGACUAAACUAGAGACGCUCACCAAUCAGUUUUCUGACAGCAAACAGCACAUCGAUGUACUCAAAGAGUCUCUCACUGCCAAAGAACAGCGUGCUGCCAUCCUGCAGACUGAGGUCGACGCUCUGCGUUUACGUCUGGAGGAGAAGGAGGCUACGCUGAAUAAAAAGAGCAAGCAGAUUCAGGAAAUGUCAGAGGAGAAGGGCACGCUCAAUGGAGAAAUCCACGACCUCAAAGACAUGCUUGACGUCAAGGAACGCAAGGUCAAUGUCCUGCAGAAGAAGAUUGAGAACCUGCAGGAGCAGCUGAGGGAUAAGGAGAAGCAGAUGACCAGCUUGAAGGAGCGCGUCAAAUCCCUGCAGGCCGACACUUCAAACACGGACACGGCCCUCACCACGCUGGAGGAGGCCCUGGCCGAGAAGGAGCGUAUUAUCGAGCGUCUGAAGGAACAGAGGGACAGAGACGAGAGAGAGAAGGGCGAAGAACUGGACAGCAGCAAGAAAGAGCUCAAAGAGCUGAAAGAGAAAGUCAGCGUACUGCAGGGAGAGCUGUCCGAUCGCGAGGCCUCUCUAUUGGACCUGAAGGAGCACGCCUCGUCCCUGGCCUCCUCUGGACUGAAGAAGGACUCCAAGCUGAAAAGUCUCGAAAUCGCUCUUGAGCAGAAGAAAGAGGAAUGCAGCAAACUUGAGAGUCAACUCAAGAAGCGCUCUGAGCUCAUGUCAGGCCAUCCCUUCAAUCUUGCUCAGUCCAUCGCGGUUGAGGCUCAGGCAAAUGCGGGACUGUCGGAGCGCAUUGCCACGCUCGAGCAGGAGGUGGCGCGUUACAAGGAGGAUGCUGGGAAGGCACAGGCCGAGGUGGACCGGCUCCUGGAAAUCCUCAGAGAGAUGGAGAACGAAAAGAACGACAAGGAUCGCAAGAUCAGUGAGCUGGAGAGGCAAAUGAAAGACCAAAGCAAGAAGGUUGCCAACCUGAAGCACAAAGAGCAGGUGGAGAAAAGCAAGAACGCCCAGUUGAUGGAAGAGGCUCGUAAGCGAGAGGAUAACAUGAACGAGAGUUCUCAACAGAUCAAGGAUUCUCUGCGGCAAAAGGACGAUCGCAUCGAGGAGCUGGAGGAGGCCUUGCGUGAAAGCGUACAGAUCACGGCCGAGAGAGAAAUGGUGUUGGCGCAAGAGGAAUCUGCUCGUGCAAACGCUGAGAAACAGAUGGAAGAGCUGUUGGCCGCCAUGGAAAAGGUGAAGCAAGAGUUGGAGUCCAUGAAGGCCAAGCUGUCGUCCACCCAGCAGUCCCUGGCCGAGAAGGAGGCCCACCUGACCACACUGAGGGCAGAGCGCAGAAAGCACCUGGAAGAGGUGCUGGAAAUGAAGCAGGAGGCGCUAUUGGCAGCCAUCAGCGAGAAGGACGCCAACAUCGCUCUUCUAGAGCUGUCGUCCUCAAAGAAGAAGAAGACUCAAGAUGAGGUGGCUCUGCUGAAGAGGGAGAAGGACCGACUUGUACAUCAGCUCAAACAGCAGACGCAGAACCGCAUGAAGUUAAUGGCUGAUAACUAUGAGGAUGACCACCUCAAGGCCUCCAAUUCUGACCAGACCAAUCACAAACCCUCUCCAGAUCAGAUUAUCCCCCCACUCAUAGACCUCAAUCAGAACCGCAGUAAGCUGAAACUGUACAUCGGCCACCUCACGGCCCUGUGCCACGAGAGAGACCCCCACAUCCUGCAGGACCUGGCCCCGCCCUCCGCAUACCACCGCAGCCAACAGGACGCCUGGGAGGAGGAGCUUCAGAAGAUGAGCCCCGAACAGCUGGAAUCCGAGCUGGAGCAGUGUGAACGAGAGAGCGCCGAACUGCAGGAAUACGCAAACUCCGUCCUGCAACAGAUCGCCGAUCACUGCCCGGACAUCCUGGAGCAGGUGGUCAACGCUCUGGAGGAGUCGUGCUGACCGGACCGGACUGGAUCACGGAGCCGAGUCCUGCCUCCUUCUCUCUUCCUGCUUCUCCUUCCCUUUCUUCACAGGAUGCCAGCACACAAACUCCCUCACCCUCACCCACAUGCACAAAUCAAAGGACAGACACAUACGGGAAAGACUGACAGCACACAAGUCAAGUGCACGCUUGGAUUGGCUUCGGGGUGUGGGAAUGGUGGGCUUUCCUUCUGCCAUCCCCUACCACCACAUUCAUCCAGUUUACACUCACAUAAACAUGGGGAAGAAGAAACCGAAAGGGGGAAACGGGCGGCGGGGGAAGCUUAGUAUUACAAGACAUGUUCACUUAUUUAGUUGUCUGUCUUGGAAACCCGUCCUGCGGGAGGUGAAGUUCUCUCUGUGAGGGUCAGGAAAUAGUCUCCUUAUCUUGAUAUACACUAUUGCCACAGCUUUUAAAAGCUGCAGGAUUUUGAAACCGUUUUGAAGCAAUUUAGAUUUUUUUUUUUCCCUCCCCUUCCUCCUCUCCCCUUUUUUUUCUAGAUGCUUUGUUACUGACGUUAAAUUAUGGGUCAUUCGCGCAGGGCAAAACUCCUGCACUCUCAAACCAUCUGGUUUCACUCAAAACUUGGUUAAUGCUCCGGUUGUGCCAGCAGACAGUCCGUGAGGACUUAAACAUACUUUUACUAUCGUAGUCAGUAGCGGGUUUAGAUUACUCCAUCCCCCACCAUCUGGGAAUUUACUAUUGACUUGGUUACUGGCCGCUUUCCUGCCGAAGUCUCGUUCAUAAAAGUUCCGAAACGGACAAUAUGGGUAAUGUUAUCCCGCAUGCACCUGUCACCAGCUGAAGAAACCACAGCCCUGGUUUGUGUCUGUUAAAGGUGAGAGGAAGAAAAUUAUUUGCCUUGGAAGUUGUAGGUUUAUUGCUGCUAACAUUUGUCUUUGCAUGUGGCAGGUUUGGUUUGGUUAUGUUUUUUUUUUUUUUUCUCGCGGCCGGCUCUCUGAUGCCGAGGGCGGCGAAACAGAGGGUGUAUUGCCGACGCAGAUGUUGUGGACGCGGUCAUCAGAGAGCAGCUGCCACACAUCACUGGAAUAGGAAAAUAGGCACCUAUCGCUCAUUCCGUACUUUGAAAACUAUGUGGUCUCACACUGGGAUGAAGACUGGCAGUAGUUUCUUCGUUUGCUCAAUUUUCCAAAGCAAAGAGUUGGAGGCUACAGGGUUUGAUGGAUAAGGUCAAAUAAGAGUAGCUGUUUAGCUUUUAUUCCACUCUCUCCUUUCUUCUAAACAGUUGGAAGUUAUUUUUUCGCGGUUGCUUUGUGAGAUAGCAUCAAGCUUUGAUCCCAAGCAUCUCGCAUGUACCGUCAUGCUCCUGUCUUGCUCUUUGCUUGGCUUCAUAUCAUCAUCUUCAGACCCGGGCGUCUCUGUUAGCACAGCCGGCAGGUGUAUCCUCUUUCAUUUUAUGGUUAUAUGGGUCUGUAUCCGUUGGCAUUGGGUGUCUCUUUUUGGAGUGAUAAGAUACAACCUCGGUCAACUUGUGAUAAACGUAGUUCGGCCGUUGCUUUAAAGUCCAGAGUCGACUUCCUCUGUGGAUGACACUGGGUGUAACGUGCCCUCUGCUCUUUUCUUUCUAUAUCUCCUCAUCCCUCCCUCAUUCAUGCCUGUGUGUAGUUUAUGGCUCUGACCUGCUGUGCCGUGUUGUUCAUACCCCUCUCUGCACGAUAAGCCCGAUAGACAAGACAAACAGUACAAGAUCACAGCAAAUAUAAUCACUUCUCUGCUUUUCACACGCUCCCAUAUCACCAUACCACUUCUCCUCAUGCCCAUACGCACCAGUUAUGAGGGAAUCUGCCACGUGUUUUAGGGCUAAGCUUUUGCUUUACCCAGAUUUGAUUGACCUCUGAGUCAAACUGUGACUAGUGCUAGUAUAUUGUCCUCCAGAGAUUCCUGUUUGUUUGUCCCUGUGAAACACAUCCAGGUCACAUUGCACCCCAAAAUCUUGAAGGAAAAAUUAAGAAGAAAAGGAAUAAAGCAAAAUUAUUGCAAACAUUAUUUUCGUGAAAACUAAGCACAUUUUCCUUAAAAUUCGGGAAAUUAUUUUUUAUUAUUAUCAUAAUUCAUAUUAUUCCUUAAUGUCUUACUGCAUUACAGGUUUAAAAAAAAUCCUCCAAAAAUCCAAAAUAAUUGUUACAGUUGAGGUCAAAAGUUUACACCUCCUUUCAGAAUCUGCAAAAUAUUAAUUAUUUUACCAAAAUAAGAGGGAUCAUACAAAAUAAGUACUGAACUGAAUAAGGUAUUUCACAUAAAAUAUUUGCCUUGUUUGUUCUGAACAGUUCAACUACCUGCUGUUCUUCAGAAAAAUCCUUCAGGUCCCACAAAUUCUUUAGUUUUCCUGCAUUUUUGUGUAUUCAAACCCUUUCCAAUUAUGACUGUAUGAUUUUGAGAUCCAUCUUUUCACACUGAGGACAACUGAGGGACUCAUAUGCAACUAUUACUGAAGGUUCAAACGCUCACUGAUGCUCCAAAAGGAAAAAAACAUGCAUUAAGAGGCGGAGGGUGAAAACUUUUGAACAGAAUGGAGAUGUGUACAUUUUUCUUAAUUUGCCUAAAUAUCUUUUUUUUUUUCAUUUAGUACCGCCCUUCAGAGGCUACAGAAGAUGCUUACAUGUUUCCCAGAAGAUAAAAUAAACAAAAUCUAACCU